GUCCUAUGUUCGGGUUAGUUUUCAUGAGAGGAAAGUCGAGUCGUCGAAGAGACAAACUACUUUAUACUAUUUUACACACACCAAGACAGGGAGUUUGUGGUUUUAUCCCAGUUACUAGUACUGCUAAUGCUAGCAUUUACGUUAGCUUUGCGGUCAGCUCAUCGCUUCACCUUGUGACGUAUAAUACGUGCGACAGCUCUAGCUCCUUCAAACGUUACACUUGUCUUUACCGGCUAGAAGACUUUGACCGGCCUGAAAAUACACUUUUAUUAUGGGUACGCGUAUUUUUCACGUGUAGGAUCGAGACUGGCUGAUUGUACUUUGGACCUGAGUGAAUUAAACGUGUGUAUGUCUUUUGCUGUAAACUCGAGCAGUUAUAAUGAAUGUUAAAGAGGAGACGAUGGCCAUUUUAAAACAAUUUGACAUCGGAAACAAGUUCUCCGAUCUACCUGUGCUUCCCAAAGCCUCAGUGCUGAUCCCGCUGUUUGUCAAGAAAGGAGAGCUGCACACCUUGAUGACACUGCGUUCAAAAGAGCUGAGGACCAGUGCUGGGGAAGUGUGUUUCCCCGGAGGGAAGAGAGACCUCGGCGACAGAGAUGACGUGGACACAGCCCUGAGAGAAGCAGAGGAGGAGAUAGGUCUACCGCCUGAUGAGGUUCAGGUGGUCUGUACACUCUUCCCUAUCAUCAAUAAGAGUGGUCUGCUGGUGACCCCAGUGGUGGGCUUCAUAGAUGAAUCAUUUUGUCCCCGUCCAAACCCAGCUGAGGUCAGUGCCGUGUUCCCAGUCCCCCUGGACUUCUUCACCAGUGAGAAGGACCACUUCGGUGCCCAUGGUGCCGCUGGGAUGGUGGGGCCGUUGCACUCCUUUCAUUUUGUGGACCCUGAUUCAGGAAACCAGUAUCACAUAUGGGGACUUACUGCUAUGCUGGCCAUAGUGGUUGCUGCUCUUGCUCUCAGGAAAAAGCCAGAGUUUGAUGUUGGUUUUGACACCGAUGACCCGUUCUCCUUCUUCCACAAGAUCCUACAUAGAAGAAUUAGUAAACUAUAGUAGUAAACAAAAUGCCUGUAAUCAGAUUUGUUAUAUAACUGAAGUUUAUUAAUUUACUGCAUUGAUCAUGAGGAUAAGAGAGAUGGAUUAAUAUAUAAAGCUUUUAUAGUAUAUAUUUUUUUUAAUAAUUAAUCAGGAGGGAGAAAUGAAAUCAAGAAGCUUUAGAUUUUAUUAAUUCAUUUAAUGUAGCAGCAGGAUUACAGAUAUAAACAGAAGAGUAUACAAAUGUCCAGACCAAGGCAAAGUACAUGUUAAUAAUAGUUCAGAUGUAUGAUAACACACUGGGGUUGACCUUUAUCCCGACUGCAGGGUCUUAAGGCUAGAUACUAAAGCUCAAGCUACACAGAACGGAUACAACAGAACUGUUGGAGAAUGUGAAAUAGAAAGCGAACUAGGAAAAGUGAGCAAACUGAUUACACACAAGAUAACAGCUCACACUAUUGGCAAUUAACAGUUAAUUUAUCAUGGUUGCUCCUUUUGAUCCAAGCAUUUCACAGCAAUAGUAAUGUUGACAAGCACAUCAACACAAGAAAGCUCUCCAUAAAACAAUCUCCACUGUCUCGUCCCUUUUACCUCACAUGUACAAAUCUCAUGAGGCAUGGAAAAAAAAAAUACUUUCAACAGAAAAUAAACAAAAGUUGACAAUUCA